AUGACGCGAUGGGCCUGUGCACCGCUGUUUCUGCUGCUUUUCCCGUGCUGCGGAAGGGGAGCCAAAAUCGAUCAGGGCCCUGAGCUUGCAUCGGAGCAGGUCCUGGAGGAAGCGGUGUUGGAGGCAAAGUUCUUCGAGCACAGAGAGCGGUUUGGGAUCGAUGAUCGCCGUACUCUCGAAGUCUUCUUCCAGCUCUUCGACCUUUGGAUCAUGCUGUACCGCCUGAACAAGGCGGAUGAAGCCUUGAAAGAGGUGCUGCCGGCUUGCUGGUGGCGUCAAGAUGACCUGACAGUCCAAGCCAUCCAGGCCCUGGCCUUCACGCGCUGGAAGCAGGGCCUCCUCAAGGAAGCCUUGACAUGGUUCAAUCUCAUGGAAGGCCUGCUGGGGAAGAGUGCGGCACUCUGCGAGAACAUCGGGCACACGUACAAUUCGAUGGGGAUGCAUGCAGAAGCUGAGACCUACUUUCUGCAGUCCUUGCUGUUCCUGGAUUCCAACGUAUCCACUCAGAAGAACAAAGGCGGUGUUCUGCUUGGGCUGGCGGGAGUGCGUGAAAAGCAACACAAGCUGGCCGAAGCCCGCGAAUCGGCGCAGGAGGCUUACGACCUCUACAAGCAGCGGGAUGUGGAGAAUGGCUGGGAGUCAUCCCUCACUGCCAAAGCCGGAAUGACCCUAAGCAAGAUGGCUCUAAAGCUCGGCGACAUGGAGGAGGCGGAGGCGAAAUGCCAGGAGGCUAUCCGCCUUUUCGAGUCGACCUCUGGUGAGGAUUCGCCGUUGCUUGCCACGGCCUUCAAGCGCAUGGGUGAGAUACGGAUGGCACAGGACCGCUACACAGAAGCUAGGGCUGCCUUGCACCAAGCAUACAAGUUGGAGGCAAUCAAGGAUGCAUUCGACCUCACCGAAGUCGUCAUCAUCCACCAGCAGCUCACAGAUGCUCAUCUGGGGAAGGGUGAGCUGGACAGACAGAGCUUCCGCCCUUAUUUUCCGACGAUUGCACAGGUCUUGAAGCGUGUCUACGACAUGAAGCAGGACGGCAAUGCCGGUGCAUACUACAAGCUUGCAGGGGAGCUCUUCGUGCUGGGUGAGGACUGCGAGGCAGGCAAGUCGCUUCUGUUUGCGGCAGUGUCGCUUCUGGAGACCGAGUCCUCCAUAGACACUUCUGGGAUGGUCAAGACGUGCAAGGACUUGAUCCGAUAUUGUGGAGGGACCUACAAAUAA